UAUAUCCAUAACGUAUAAAAUGAACGUUAAUCAAAGUGUAAGACCUCCAUCACAUGGAGGGUGGAUGGGCCUGUGUAGUCUCCUUGUGGCAUUGGCCACACUGUUUUCUAAUGUAGAAAGCGUUGCAAUGGACAGGCUGGGCAACCGCCCACUCAGUCAACCACUUAUGAGCGAAUCUAUAGAGGCUGAGAACGUUGGAUUCACCGGGUACCCAAUUGCAGCUGUCGCCGAGGAACAAGAUGAAGAGAAAAUGGCCGACAACCUGAUUAAAAUGUCAAACCUAAACUCACACCUAAACGAUGAAGAUGACAAUGAACCCGAUGACGAAAGCACUGUUGUACAAAUAACACCCAUAAGCAUAUCGCUGGAAACUAAGGGGCAUGCCAGAGUGUCUGAAUCAAAAGGAAAUCGUGCAGAUGGUAACAUAUCGUACCAUAUAUACUCCACCACAUCCCAGCAAGAAUUGAACCCAAACUACCAAAUGGACAUUGAGCAACAGCCUAACCCUCGCGUUAUAAGUGACAGGAUGGAACUCGAAACGCCAAACACCAACCGUGAUCAGAACAUGGAAGAAGAUACUAUGAUGCCAUCCUAUGACAACAGCUACCGCGAUAACGUGGAAACAGAAGAACCCGCAGCUGUCAAUAGGGAUACCGGAGAAUAUAUGGACGCAAAUUCGGACGGUAGCAUGACAAACCCAUCAUAUCUAGAAACAGGUAAUACAGCAAUACCCGAGAAUCUAAAGAAGAUUGUGCCAGGGUUCUUACGCCGCCCAUUUGGUAACCAUGAGAACGGAGCAUGGGCAAAAAUCAAAAAGGCAGGUAAAGUUGUGAAGAAUACCGCCAAGCUAGGCGUCGAGCACAUUAAGAAGGCUUUUGGAGAUGCAAAGAAAGCUAUCAAGCACAAGAUAACCACGGGUAAAUGGCGUCCAAGCAGAGUGCUUGUUGACUACACAUAGACAUCCACGAGUACAACCAAUAGUUAAAACUGUAACAUAUCUAUACCUGGUAUUACA